AUGCAGACUUUGUUCAAAGAAACUGGGAGUUCAAUUAAGGGGAAAAUUGAUGGAUUUCCAUACCUAAUGUUCUCCAUGCCAAAUGUACAACUAGCAAAAUUUUUCAUUCAAGAAGGAGCCCAAGUUGACGAAAAAGAUCAGCAAGGACGCACUUGUCUUUUUCACGCUAUAGAAAAAGCGCUGCAAAGUGCUUCACCUAAGAGUUGGAACGUGUUUGUUUAUCUCCUGCUUCAAAACGGAGCCAACAUUAACUCCAGGAACGACUUAAGUGAAACUCCUCUUCCGUAUAGUUUGUCCUUCCGAUGUAGCCGAUGUGAUCUUCAUGAUGCUCUUUUCCCCAUAUCUUGCGAUGCUUCCGGGAUUCAAGUUAUUGAAAUCUGGCGUAUUCUCUUGGAGGCUAAGGCGAGACCUAAUGUUAAAGACGAAAAGGACAGGUCUCUUCUGCAUUUUCUCCUAUUCCUUUUACAAAAGAAAUAUUUGGGAGUAUCAGAGGGGUUCCAGAUAGUUUGCAAUGGCACUUCCACCUUGAAAGGAUUUGAAAUCAACUCCAGAGAUACGGAAGGGAACACUGCUUUACAUAUGUGGGCAAACCUAAUGCGCGUGGCAGUCAGUGAUGAAACGAUUAAAAUUGGGAUUGAAAUCGUUUCCCAUGGUGGAGCUGCCAAUUCAAGAAACGACAAGGGAGAUACGCCUUUCCACGUAUUGAUUGAGGGAACCGUCUUUGCUGGAAGACUUGGUCGAAUCCGAUCAAUUUAG